GAGAGAGUGGAGAGUGGAGAGAGAGAGAGAGAGAGAGAGAGAGAGAGAGAGAGAGAGAGAGAGAGAGAAAGAAAGGGAGAGAGGGAAAGAUGUUUCCACCACCCCCUCCCAGUGUAGUUCUAAACCAUGGGUUGGUGGAGAGCCAAGAAACCCUAGUGGCUGCUUCUCAAAUAAGCCCUCAUGAUGAUCACCACUUACUACCAUAUUCAUCUCUUCUUCAUCUCAGGUUUUCUCCAUAUGGGCCUCAUCAACACUCUCUCACCAACACAGCUUUCUCUGCGGGAGAAAGGUUCAUGAACCCUAAACCUAGAGAUGGUUGCUCAUCAUCAGAUCAUCAAGCUGCUGCUGCUGCAGCUUCUUCAGCCCGGAGAGCAAGCACUAACCUAUGGCCAUGGGAGGAAGCUAGAGGGCCCACUUUUGAGCAGCAAGAGAACAAUAAUUGGAGCGGAGCACCAAAUCAAGAUGAAUGCUAACAACAACAACAACAACAACAACAACAAAGAUAACAAUAACAACAACACCAAUAAUAGCAGUGUUAAUUACAAGAGCACUAGUAAUACUAUCAACGCUCUAUCGGUCGGCGGUGUGAGGAUGAAGAAGGUGAAGAAGAGGAGGAAGGUGAGAGACCCAAGAUUUUGUUUCAAGACCAUGAGCGAGGUGGAUGUGUUAGAUGAUGGUUACAAGUGGAGAAAAUAUGGCCAAAAAGUUGUGAAGAACACCCAACACCCAAGGAGCUAUUACCGGUGCUCGCAGGACAACUGCCGGGUGAAGAAGAGGGUGGAGAGGUCGGCGGAUGACCCGCGAAUGGUGAUCACGACGUACGAAGGGCGGCACGUGCAUUCCCCGUCCCACGAGGACGUUGAUCAGGCCCAAGCUGCAUCUCAAGUUAGCUUCUUUUGGUAGGUCAAUAUUUGAUAUAUAUUUAUGUAUCAUCUACAUAAUCUUGGUAACUUGUAAUGUUACUAUUUGUUAGGGUUCCAUAGUUUGAGAAUAAAAAAGAUCUUUGUUGUUGUUAGUAAUUGGGACCCUUUGUGAGUUAAAGGAAAGUUUGGACCGGUACAUAUGGUUGGAUGAUCACUUUCUUUGAAGAACAUAUGAGUAUGUGCAAAAGGGUUAUGUAUGGUCCAUGGAUGGUCGAUUGCUCAUCAAUUAAUGUUAUCAGUGUCGCGUUGAUUAGUU